CAAUGGCGGAAGCGCCGCGGAGUUCUCCCGUUUCACCGGAGGAACAAUCAACCCAGGAAUCGUCGCCCAAUGACAGCUAUGUUCCAAGGUCGACAUUAAGGUCUUCUGAUGAAGAGCCGAAGAGUAUUCUGGAGCUCUAUACUCCAAAAAUACUGACAUCUAUGGAGACGGUUGCAGACGAGGAAGCGGAGAAUGUGCCGGAGACGAUGUGCGAGAUUUUUAGUCAGAGUCUCGUCCCAUUCUUCCUCGGUGGCUGUGGAUCUAUCUCGGCUGGCCUCUUGCUCACCUACGCCAACAAAACCAUGACACUAGUGAAGGAAGUUCCCGAGUUCCUCGUCCUAAUGCCACCACUUCAAGGUCUACGUGGUAACCUGGAUAUGACUUUCUCUUCAAGAAUGUCAACACUAGCUCAUAAAGGAGAAUUCAACGAGCCAGAUAUUUAUUUGAGAGUCAGAAAGAAUGCUGCAGUGGCGCAGGCUUUAUCAAUUCUCAUCUGCAUCCUGACCAACUUGAUUUCCUACUGCAUCGUGCAAAUCACACCGUCUUUGGACAACCCGACACUUGCCAACUCGACAAGCUUACAAUCAAUCCACAAUGACACCUACCACUACCUAGACAACAAGGAAACUGCACUGUUCCUGACGGGAUCAUCAAUUCUCUCGGUUGCACUGAACUGCGCGAUCUGUACAACAUUCCUCUUCACAAUAGUCUACUGUGCUUGGAAGAAUGAUUACAAUCCUGACAACAUUGUAGCUCCACUGGGCGCUAGUAUCAGUGACAUGCUCACAAUCGGCUCGAUGCUCUUUUUCUGCUAUCUUCUUCGUCCAUAUUCGGGGUUUUCAAGUUCGGUGCCGGUGGUGAUUGUUGUGGUGGCAGCGUGUAGCAUACCUCUAUGGAUUAUGAUAGCAUGGAACGACGAAGAUGCUCUGCGCAUUGCCAAGCAACAGUGCUUCACUCUGGCGUUUGCAGCGAUGGUCAGCUGUGGUGCGGGUCUACUUCAAAGUAAAGGUGCGAUGACCUACCCAAACUACCCAGCAUAUCAAACACUCAUCUCUGGACUCGCUGGAAAUCGAGGAGCCGUCCUUGCAUCAAGGAUAUCAUCACAUCUAGAAGUACACAAGACAUCAGACCUGGGAUGGAGGCAACGUGCAUCGCCAAUUAGUUACUACAGAUCUGCGAGCUCAGAGUCUAGAACUGCGAGGCUUCUGUUGUUCACGGCGUUACCGUUUCAAAUGUUCUUUGUCGGGCUCUCGACUGCAAUGUCAUUUGUGAUUGAUGAGCCGGUGGAGACGGAUUUCCGGUUUUUCAUUGCAUAUGCACUAGUAGUUUUGAUUCAACAAUCCACAAUUCUCUACCUGGCCCAGCUGAUAGUCUUCGCCUUCUGGUCAUUCGGUAUUGAUCCGGACAAUCAUGCAAUUCCACUUCUGACCUCUGCUGCAGACGUCUGCGGAUGCGGAUUACUGUACCUCUUGUUCUUAUCGUUGGAUAAAGGAUUUCGGUAGGGAUAUC